UGGAAGAAUAGAACACCUACCUGUCGCCCGCGAUGACCAUUCCGCAAGAGGUUCAAAGGCUGGGAGAGAAAGAAAGGACGAUCAGGAAGAAAUUACGCCCGGAAGCUUGCCAACCGCGUAUGAAGAGGGAGGCCUUCGAGAAGGCAAAGGUAGCCCUGACGUCGAAGCGCUGAGCGAUAGGGUGAGAGUGAAGGAACCCGAAAGCAGCGAGAGAGACGUCAACGCGGUAGAAGUUGGGAAGGAACCAGGAAAGGAUGGUAAGUUAGUGACUCUAGAACAAGUAAAAAAAUGCCAUUAUGGGAGGAAGAGGGACGAUCAACGAGAAGAUGAACCACGAAGUACCUGGAGCCAAUGCGGUAAGAGGACAGAAUCAAUGGAGAGAGGCGUGAGGUCAGAAACGUCUGAAAGUAGGAAAUCGAAUCGAGUCGAUGGAGAACCUACCAUAGGAAUACCAGACAAGUGCGAGAAUAGGUUGGACGGUUGCGAUAAAAUUGUACCCGUUGAUACAAUUGAACUUAUUAAAAAGAAAGAAAAGUUGGGAGUCGAUAAUGGAGCAUGGAAAAAUCAAUAA